CUCCCUCACAUACAUACAGCCACAGGCUCUCGCUCUCUCGCACACACGCACUCAGAGGAGGGAGAGGGGGUCGCUUGCAGUGCUUUAUAGAUCCCUCCGCGUCUCUGCGAGUGUGUGUGUGACACCGACAACUCCUUGGGAAGUGAGUGGAAGGGAAGGAACUACUUUCAGGAAACUAGCUUGCCCUGGAGGCACUGAGAAGGGAGGCGCUGCAGGCCUCUCCAGCUGCUGGCGUGGGGGCGCCCGAGGGGAUUAUUUUCUCUGCCGCCCCCCUCUCUCCCCUGGUUAUUUGGAAUCAAGCUGUGGCGGCGGAAGGAGCCUGAAGUCAACGCUUCCGCCCAGUUUUCCUGCGAGGAGGAGGUGGGAGGAGAGCGCGGGGCUGCGGCUAAUGGAGUUGCUGCUGCUGGGGACGGAGCGCGGCUGCUGAACUUAUCGCCGGCUCCGGCUGGGGGCUUCUGCCUUCCGCCCCUCCGCGGGACGCCUGCUGGCUCCUUCCCCCCAUUCCCCCUCUCCUCACACAAACAGCCGUGACGCAUCCCGCCGCCCCAUCCCCCCCAGCUGCCUCACAGCGCCUCCCCGCUCCACCCCCAGCCCGCCCGGCUUCUUCCCUGCUCGGGGCUGUUGCUCGCUGCGGGAGGGGUGGGUGAUUUGCCCCCCGCCCCUUCCUCCCCUCUCGGAUCGCAGCCGCUGCUGUUCGGAGGAAUUUGUGCCGCGGCUGCCCAGGGGCGCGCUGCGAGGGGAGAGCCCGCUCGGCGAGGAGGAGGAGGAGGGCACUGAAGGUAGCUGCAUCGGGAGAUGAGCUGCAGCAGGAGGACGGCGGCGCGGAGUUCACUGCAGCUGGGAGCCUUCCUCUUCCACCAGCGCCAGCCUGUUCCCAUUAAAGACCAGAGGGGCUGCGGCUACCACCCUCGCUGAGGCAGGGGGCUGCGCUCCAGCGCCGGACAGCAAAGUCCCUGCGGCUCUCGGAUAAAAGACUUGCCCCUUGCCCCUCCAGCCUUGAUAGUGAUUCUCGUUGGGGAGGCAGAUCUGGGGGUUAACAAUGGUGAGGUUUCUGGUGAGUUCCUGCUGCGCCCUGGCUGCGUCGGUGCUGCUGCUGCUCCAUCUCGCUGUCGGAUCACGGUGAGGAAAAAAUGAGCGAAGAGACGGCGACUUCUAACAACGAUAAUAGUUAUGCAAGAGUGCGAGCUGUGGUGAUGACCCGGGAUGACUCAAGUGGUGGAUGGUUACCACUUGGAGGGGGUGGACUAAGCUGCGUUACGGUCUUCAAAGUCAUUCAUCAAGAAGAGAACAGCUGUGCUGAUUUUCUUAUCCACGGAGAACGACUCAGGGAUAAAACGGUGGUUUUGGAAUGUACGUUAAAGAAGGACCUCAUUUACAACAAAGUUACCCCAACUUUUCACCACUGGAAGAUUGAUGACAAGAAGUUUGGCCUUACAUUUCAGAGUCCUGCUGAUGCACGAGCAUUUGACAGAGGCAUCCGUAGAGCUGUAGAAGAUAUCUCUCAAGGUUGUCCACCAUUGCACAGUGAUGCUGAAGUGGCUGAAGAUGGCUUUCAAGCAAUUCAAGACGAUACUUCCAGUUCAUUAAAAGAUCACCGUUUCCAACAUGAAACCGUAGUAACCAGCGAACCGUAUAAAAGUCCAAAUAUAAGGCCCUCAACGUUUGAGGAAUUGAACUCUAGAAGAGCCUACUUUCCCAGCCAUCCCAACCAGGUCCCAUUGAAAUCAAUCAGACACGUCAGCUUUCAGGAUGAAGAGGAAAUUGUUAGAAUAAAUCCUCGUGAUAUUUUAAUACGUCGUUAUGCAGACUACAGACAUCCUGACAUGUGGAAAAAUGAUCUGGAGAGGGAUGAGGCGGACUCCAAUAUACAGUUUUCUAAGUCCGACAAUAAAAAAUCGGACUAUCUAUAUCCAUGUGUGGAUGGGACUAAGCUGAAUUCACUAAAAGACCCGAAGAGUUCUGUGGUAUUUAAAACACAGCCUUCCUCGUUAAAAUUUAAAAAGUCAAAAAGAAGGAAAGAAGAUGGUGAGCGUUCUCGCUGUAUAUACUGCCAGGAGAGAUUUAAUCAUGAAGAGAAUGGCAGGGGGAAAUGUCAGGAUGCUCCAGAUCCUAUUAAAAGAUGCAUAUACCAAGUUAGUUGCAUGCUUUGUGCAGAGAGCAUGCUAUAUCACUGCAUGUCAGACUCUGAAGGAGAUUUCUCUGACCCCUGCUCAUGUGACACUAGUGAUGACAAGUUCUGCUUACGAUGGUUAGCCCUGAUAGCUUUGUCAUUCAUUGCCCCAUGUAUGUGCUGCUACCUCCCCUUGAGAGCAUGCCAUCACUGUGGUGAGGUGUGUGGGUGCUGUGGAGGAAAGCAUAAAGCUGCUGGAUGAACAGUCUAGUGCCAAAUAGAGCUGAAAAUCUUUGUUUCCAGGAAGCAUCUAUCUUGGAUUUGUGGAAGCCUUUGGCAAGCAGAAGGAAAUCUUCUCGUGUAAGAGAAGCCUGAUGUGGAAGAAGCAGCAAGACUUGUCAGACCUUAGCAUUUUACAAAUGCUAGUAGCCAUGCCUAACUAUUUCCUUUCAGUGCAUGGUGUUUCGUUGCAAGUUACGAAGGAGUUUGGAAAAGGAAGCCUUUUCUUAUUAUUGGCUAUAAAAUGAGUAUAUAAACUACAGUUAUACUAAAAGGGAUUAACUUUUGCCAUUUUGUACAUUCAUGGUUUAGGUGAUGGGGCUCUUAAAAGAAUUACAAAUUAUUUGAGAGGAAAUUAAAAGUGCACUAAUGACAGUUGAUUUAAGACUAAGAAAAGUUAAUACUUGGCAAAUGAGAAAUGAAACUGAUUUAAGUGCAACUAAAUCACUUAUUAAUAGAUUUUUGGAAGCAACUUUAUAUAUAAAUAACAAAUGUUUAUAUUUAACUAAAUGUGUAAGGUACGAAUUAUUACAUAUUAAACUUUCCUUCCCCCUUCCAGUUAUAUAGUAGGUAUGAAUCAUAUCUACAAUCACAUUCCAUAAUAGUAUUUUAAAUAUUUAAUUAGUUUAUUUAGUAGCAUUUCUAUUCCAGAUGGACAAAUUGGUAUUUUCAGUCCUAUUUCCCGUCAGCUGCAGUUUGUAUUGAGUUGUAUCCAUGCAUUCUGGUAAUCUCAAAAAACCUUUAAAAUAUUAAUUAUUAUAGUCUUGAGUGACCAAUAUUUUUUUGUUAAGCACAGAUGUAAGUGUCUAAAAUGUUCUAAUAAGAACACAUUUAUUUUUCUAUAUAAAUUACUUUGGUUUCAACAAUUAUAGCAAAAGAAGUUGUUUUCUGUUACUCAACCAGCAAGUUGUUUUCUUUUGGGGUGUCUUCCAAAAAAUAUUUUAUCGCAUUUACAAAUGUUCAGCAAAGCAAAAGGUCCAAUAAGGCAGUUGUAAUGGUAUGUCAUCAGUGUUCUCAAUUUAUCCUUCUGUUAAACUAAGAUUAUAUGUUCAACUGUUUAUCAUGUACGAUGAUUAAACUGAAAGAUUAAUAAUUAACAAAAAUUGAAAUUGUUUUCAUUAUUUUGAAUUGUAGCAUCUUUUUAUUUAAACUGGCAAGAAUAAAAUUAUUCUGUGUUUAAAAAUAAAUUAACAACUUACAGCCCCUGAAAAAUUGGAGUAAACUUUUUUUGAGAGUGAGUGUGUGUGUGUGUGUGUGUGUGUGUCUGUCUGUGUCUGUGUGCACACACACAAAAUGUGUAUAAAAUUGGCCAUGGUAUUAUAUUACUAAGUGUUUAAUUUACAGAACAGUUGGUCAAGUAUUCUAACAGGUUAACUGUUAGAGAAUUUUUAAACAAGUUGUUAUGACUCUUAUUACAUGGUAUAACAAAAUACAUUCACUCAUAAUGUUUAAUUAAUGUCAUGUUAAAAUUCUAACAGAAGUAAAGACCUUCAUUCAUUUAGGAAGAUAUCCCAAUAGGGUUGGAGUGGGAAGGAAUCUCCUUUGUACACCUUUCCUAUAAAAAGUUGCAUAGUUGAUUUUUUUUUUUUUUUUUAAUAACCUUAAUUUUCUAUGCAUUUUUCCCAGUGUGGGUGUAUGUACCUUUUCUUUCUUACAUAUAUUAAAGCUUUUGUUAGUUCUCUUCUGUAGUCCAGGAAUCAAAUUCUGAACAAAUGUAUAUAACACUAUCUGUCUGUAAAAUACUUUUUUAAAGAAAACAUUUAUAUUUAUAUGACAGCUCAAAUUGACAGCAUUGUGUACAUAGAGCAUCUUGAAGUAUUAUUUCACAUUGAAAAGAAGACAAAUAUAUUGAUAACUGUAGAAGUUAUGAAAGAGCUUCUAGUUUUGUACUAAAAAUUGAUUGGAUAAACUAAAUCCAAGAAUAUGACACUGUAGCAGCAGUCUUAAGUAUCGUUUUUACUGUUUAUAUAUUUGAAAGCUGCUACUCUGGAUGAUUUUCAUGCUUUACGUGUUUUCAGAUAAACUUGGUUGCCUAGAAUAGACUGUUACUUAAACUAUUCAUUAGUGAAAUGGGAAUGUUUUCCUUGUGAAUAAAAAAUAUUUGUAAGUGCUAGGUUUUUAACCAGAUUGAGCGAGGUAUGAACAACCUAAGAAAAGAACUUGCUGGCUGUAUAGGAAAAUACUGUAGAAUUGUAUUGUGUAUAUACUUCAGGAAAAAAUGAGUUUAACAAUUUCCUCUGAGCACUAUUCAACAUAGUGCAACUCCUGGUCCUGUACUGUAUUUUAUAUGCAACAUAUAUGCUUUAAUAAUUUUACUGAAUGUGUGCAGUAAUAUUUUCAAUUUGCAUUUAACCACUUUGCUGCUAAAAUUUUGUCCCCAUCCUUUCCUUUACUCUUUUAAAAAAUUCAAUCCAUUUAAAAAAAAACAAACCUUAAUGCCAUUAUCAUCUUUUUUCACCAUGGGUCUUUCUAGCAGUUCACCCAAUUUAAGACUAAUUAAAAGAAUUACACUGACACAUGGGUUGGAAGUAGUAGAGCACAGAGAUGUAUGCACAGAGAUGUAUGCCUCUCUGUACUGUUUGGGUUCUUAUUCACUUUUGGAGGCACUUUCUGAGUAUCCAAAAAUAGACACUUUGCAAAACCAUUCAGAGACUGUUCCUUACAUCCCACCCCUUGUCUGUGGCACUGUUAAGUGACAUUUACCUUUCCUUCUGAAAUCUUUUCUCAAGUUUUUGAAAGUGAAGAGGGAAACUUAAUACAAUUUUUUUUUUCUGAAAAGUCGGAAGUCAAAUUUUAGUCAUGUGACUUUGUAACAGACCUCUGUGCUGCCAUAUGGGAGACCUAAGUUUUAAGAAACCGCCAUAGAAGAUUCACUUUCCUGGCAUGGUGAACUCUACAGUUAUGAAAAGAAAGCAUUUAGUCUCCUGGGGAAAGAGGUCAACUGUAGCACUUUGGCACCACCUACUGGAAAAACUAAAGGCAAGCGUGAUUACAUAGCCCAAUCAUGUAUUGUAGCUAUAUUCCCGUACAAAUUGCCAGCUAAAUACAACAGUACAUUGUUUGAGGUAUGAAUUUAGUAAAAACUAUCCUAAACUGGAAGUGGGAAUAAGAACCCUUACUCUGAUUCCUGAGAUCUUAUGCCUUUUAAAUGUUUCCAUUACAGCUGACUUUAAAAAUAAAAUAGUGUUUGCUAGAGUACAAAUUUGCAAAGUGGACCAUAGAUUAUAUGAGAUGGGCCUAAAAUAUAAAAUUGUGUCACUAAAAUCAAGAUAAUGGCUAAAAUCAUGACUGAAAAAAGUGUUCUACCAGUGGACAUCCAAGAAUAACUGGGUCGGGGUUUUUUUGCCUUUGUUUGGGAUUUUUACUAGUUACAAGAUGGUGGUACAAACACUUAUGUAGAUAGAGGAAUUUAAUUCUUUGGGUAAAUUUUUUUAAACAAGCACACCAUCAGCCCAACAGUUGUGAAGUGGGGUGCCUAUAAUCUUCUAAGCAAGAUUAAAACAAAAUACUGAGAAACCUCUGAUAAGUAAUUGUUUGUAGAACAGCACAGUAAAUGGUUGUAUAAAAUUCACAAGUGUCCAGAGCAAAGUAAGGGACGCUUAGUGCAUGAGUUAUGCUCUGGAUAAACUAUUUCAAAGAAUGCAUAGAUUUUUGCAUGUUGAAAUGUAGCACUCCCAUUUCUGAUUUGUUCUCUUUUGGAUGAUCUUUCCAUGUGUACUUAGAGGAUAAUGUUGAAAACCCCCAUGUAAAUAAUGCACAAUUUUUAAAUUGGAGUUUACAUUUUCACAGAAUUUACACCUGUAUGUGGACAGUACCGUGAUGCAUACGUAUUCAUUAAAGAAAUAAAAUAUCAAGAUAAGGAUUACCAGAGGGGGGGAGAAAGCCUUAUGGUACUGUUAGUCAGCAGCCAAGUGGUUAAAACUUCCAUAUGCUUUGGUGCACUGAUAAACGUAAGCAUUUUUUUCUUAAAGCUUCUUAAAUUGCAAAUGUUGUUGUUAGUUUUGAGAUUUCUAAAGCAUUACCUAGUGGAGAAACAGUUGUAUUUGAAGCUACAGUAUAAUCUGUACAUAGAUUUUCAUUUGUGAAGACUGCCUCUUCUUUUGCGUAGUGCCAUUUGCUUUCCACCUAACGACCUCAAAAAGUGCCUCACUUGUAUAUUAUUUCCAUUAAAAUCUUAACAGCUAUUUCUUUCUACUAAAUGAUGUAUGAUUUAGUUUAACUCAUGUCAUAGAUGUAUUUCUUCUAUGUAUAAGAAUAUAGCUUGUUACUUUUGAGUAUAUAAUGUAAAUAUGCAUAUAUAAGUUUGUAACUGUUUUGUUACAUCAUACACUUGUAAGUUGACAUCAGAUAAUAUCAUACAACAGUUUCAAUGUUUUUCUGCAAUUACCUGAUUAAAACUAUCAUGAAAUUAAACUGC